GUUAGCCCGAGGGCAGCAGUACAUUGUAACAGGAAGUAGUUCUAACACGGAAGCAGUUAUAGUAAGAACGAGAAUUCACUUUACACUGUUACCUCUGGAGAAGCUGUGCAAAGUCAGGUCUAAAUAAUGAAUGGUAAUAUACAGGAAGUGCUUCUUGACAUCAGUGAGAACAUAACGACAGAGGAAAAAGAUGCCAUGAUCUUUCUGUGUGAAGGGAAAAUUACAGCACAUGAUACAGAGAACAUCAGUUAUGCAAGGCAGCUAUUCCACUGUCUACACAAGAGAGGACACAUUACUCAGGAGGACCUGUCACUUUUGAAAGAGCUGCUGUACAGAAUUAGAAGAAUAGACCUACUCACCAAUAAACUGAAAACAACAAAGGAGCAAAUGGAAAGAGACCUAAAACAACGUGCACAUAUCUCUUUAUACAGAGUGCAGCUUUAUAACAUUUCAUUGGAACUGUCAACAAAACAAAUUGAGGAUCUGAAGUUCUUGCUGAAAUUGAAUAGAAAUAUUUCAAUGUUAGAAAUACUUUUAAAAAUGGAAAGAGAGGGAAGCUUGAGCCAAACCAGUCUUGGGAAACUAAAAGAUCUUUUAACACAUUUAAAUCGUUUGGACCUAGUGAAGAAAAUAGAAGCAGUCGAAAAAAAUCACAAAUAAAAGGGUCCAGGAGACAGCUGAAAAUGCCACAGUCGCUGGCACAAGGGCCACAACCUGAUACACAUCAAAUAUCAGUUGAUUCACUGAGAAGACCACACAUGAGCCAGAACUUAUCAAAGGACCUUUUUAUACUUUGUAAUCUCUCAUAUGGAGCCUCUUCUUCAGUAACACAGUGAUCAUGAGAGGAGCUGCAGGGGUUUUGACUAUGCCCUUAGACCUGAGUGGACCUGCUGGAACAAAUGUUUCAACACAGUAGUGUAAAAGGAAUGUUGUCUACAUGUAAAUAGAUGGGUGUAUUAAAGAAGUAAAAAGGUCAUUGAGAGACACAAUAAGGGUGUUGGGAGGGUGACACUGCAUCAAACUUUGCACUUAGGAUGUUGCCUUAUUGCAGUGUCCUUUUGCUUUUCUACAAAUGAUUUGCAACCUCAGAUUUGGUGCAUUGGUACAAUAAAACCAGCUUUGAUGUAAGGCUCUACUCUAAACAGUUCCAGUAUUCGUAUAAUAUAUACAAUAUGUUCAGUUUUCUUUGUAUAAUAUAAUUUUGUGAUGUAUGUUCUGUAUUUCUAUGAUGUCAAGUGGCGUAAGCCUGGGUACAGAAUGUUGCUAAUGACUGCACUCUAACCACUUUAUUGCCAAACAUGCUUUUAAUGCUGUAUUAAAUACUCAUCAUUGAUGUUUUAGGCCAUUAUUAAUGAUGCUUUACUGUAAUUAUUAUUAUCUUAUUGAUUUUCUUUUAGUUUAGAGAAAAAUGUUCAGUUACAGGUUAUUUUGCACAAAAGCCUGUCUUUAUCUGUUUAUUUGUAUUUAUUAUUAUGAAAGUGGUUUUCCCCUGCACAAAUGAGACUAAUCAGUGCUUCAUUGUUUACUUUUUUUUGCACCUUACAUCAGUAUAGAAUAUUCUGGCUACUGUACCCUAAAAUGUUCUGUGCUGGUAUAGUAGUAUCUCUCUGUGCAGGCUUAAGGGGUUCUUCCUUAUAUACUGUAUAAUGCUUUGCUUGGUGGAUUCCUUUAUCAGCUGACUGGCCAAAGAAGCACUUUUUGAGUACAGUGGUCAGGCAGUAAAUAUAAAAUCUCCCAAACCCA